AUGGCAUUACAAGAGUCAAAUGACAACAGUCGUACGGGACAUCAUUGCAGAGAUUGCGGAUUGUUUUUCGAAAGUUCAAAAUCAUUGGAAGUUCAUUUGCAAUAUCACAAGGAAAAUUUAUUGACAAAAACGGAUUCGGAAAACAAUAAUGUCAAAUCGAGACGAGAAUUUCAUAAUUUAGUGGCAGCUCCCGCUGAUUCGACCGAUAUGAAACCCGUUUUGCCAACGGGACCGGGUAGACCGAGCUCAAAUUCAAGUUACCCCCCGACAAGCAGCCCGUUUACUCAUCCUCACACACCGACUAGUUAUUCUAGCGCACCGAGUCCAUAUCAAAACGAUAUCCAACGCUUUUCGCCUUCUAAUAAUCCGGGUCCGUCACCUUCGAGUACGUCUUUCGGGUAUUCAAACGGUACGACCGAACCUUAUCAGUUGCCAUUUACUAAUUAUCCUAGUAAUUUAAGAUCACCGAGAUCUCAACCUCCAAUUCCUGGCCAAAGAUCAAAUUCACCAAGUUCUUCGUCCGCGUUUCGUUUUAACAUGAUCAAUAAGAAUUGUUAUCCGCUUGAUAAAAACGGUGUUAGUUCUUCGUCGCCAAAUAGUUUUCGACCACAGUCGCCAUUUCAGUGCGAGAAAUGCGGUUUUAUAUGCGAUUCGGCAUCGACGCUGAGCGAUCACGUGAAAACGGUUCACGCGCCCUCCCCAAUGGUUUACAAUCACGGAUCGAGCGCGUUUCAACCCUCGGAAACGUUUUUCAGACCCGAAGCCGUCAAACAAGAAGUCAUUCAAGAUUCUCCAGAUAUUCUGGAUUUGGAUUCGCAGCAAAAAGUAUUUCGAUCUCCAGAAGAAGAUUCGGCGGGACCGCCGACGCCGGUUUCGAAUCCUCAUUCGGUUUCCGCAAUGCUCACACCUUGGUCCAACAGCGUGAAACCUCAAUAUCCUCCACCUCAGCAGCCUUAUUUGGUAUCAUCGACCAAUCCUCCGCAGAAUUAUCCACCGCAAAAUGGGCCACUGCCGAGUGCUAAUUUUCAACCGAGGAAUUUCCCAUCGGAAGCCUUUCCUCAACAGUCGAAUGUUCCUAAUCAAAGUAUUAAUAAUAACCAAAUUCCUAAUUCUGCUAGUCCUAAGCUAACAAAUCCUAAUAAUUCAUUACCUCAUUCCGGUAUGAGUGCUACAAAGGGUGAUUCGUGGAAGUCAAACGAAGCUAGGAGACCGAAGACUUAUAAUUGUUCCGCUUGUAAUAAAUGGUUUACGAGUAGUGGACACUUGAAAAGGCAUUACAACACGACGUUACAUAAGAAUGCGGUUAAACAAAGUGGUCAACCCGAUCCGGCAACGUUGCCAAUAAGCAGUCAUCACCAUCCGAAUCGGGAUCCGAAUUACAUUCACAGUUCAAAAACGCCCGCUGGAAUGUCGAAUCCACCGCCGAAUUUGUCCGGCGUGACGAAGGCGAAAAAAGCCAAAUCCAUAUCUCCACAGGGUGAAGCCAACACUCCGAGUCCGGCUUUGAGCAACGCGAACGAAGGGGAUUCGUCAAGGAGCAACGACAACAUUUACGAUAGAAUGUACGAUAGGAACGGAUCGGUGCCGAACGGGACGUACGAUCGUCCCGUUCAACACGGAUUCGGUGGCGCAGCCGGAUUCGACAUGAUACAAACAAGUCAAACAUCGGCUUUCGACAGAACGACUCCCGGAAGCGGAUCGACGGCUUUCACAGACCAGAGAACGCCACCACAGAAUUUCGAUCAGAGAUCGACGCCGCAAAGUUUCGAUCAGCGGCCAACACAGAAUUUCGACGGGCGGUCGACCGAUUUUGAUAACCGAACUCAAAACGGUUAUACAAUACAAGAUUUGAACCGUCCAGCAUCCAAUUCGGAUCUUCCCGUAACCCAAAAUUACGAAUAUUAUCGAUACGAUAGACUACCUCUACAUAAUCAACAAAAUAGUACAAAUCAAGUUUCUGCCCAGUCCCCAAACUUCCAGGCAGGUCCCUCGGUCUCCCCCUCGGGGGGCCUGCCUAUCUGCCCCCCUUUGCACCCUUCCCUUCGUACCCCGAACCAUAUGAACACAUUCAUGGGGGAGAACAUUUUGAUGGUCCCAGCAAGCGAGGUGCCCUCCCAGCCACAAGACCAGCAUAUUACCCCUCAAUAUAUCAACAGCCCUAUAAUUAUUGGUAAUACGGCGUUACAUCAAAACGCUCCGCUCCCGAGUUUUUCAAAUUUUCAAACGUCAAUUUUCCAACAGAACAAUUUUACUAACAAUACAUCACCGUUCGACAAAGGUUACUACUCGCCAAAUUCAUCCUGCCAGGUAUUCACGUACAUAAAAUCAGAUUUAACGGACAACACGGUGAAAACCGUUUACGCUCAAGAUUUCAUAGAGGAUGAAAUCAAUGGGAAAUCAGACGGGAGUGAGAAAAACACUGAUUUUUUCUCAUCCGAUCGGAGGCACAUGGAAUUGCUCAACAUCAAAAUGGAAUUGGACGAUUUAAGCGAUAAUUCGGAUAAUUCGCAAAUCCCACCGAUGAGCCCGAUUGAAUUUCCAACGUCAACGAAUUUGGAACUUUCGGAACCGGCGGUCAUGAAAAAGAUGAAAAAGAAAAAAUCAACGAAGAGGAAAUCGGAGGAAUCAUCGAACGUCGUGACGUCGACGGGAAGUCCUCAACCCGCGGCGAAAAAAGCCGUUAUUAAAUGCGAGGAAUGCGACAAGUAUUUCAACCGGAUAUGCUACCUCACGCAGCACAACAAGAGUUUUCACAGCGGCGAAAAACCCUUCAAAUGCGAUCGCUGCGGAAAACGUUUUCAUUCGGAAAUACGCGCGAGAGAUCAUUCUAAAAAACAUGGCGGAGAAAAACCCUACAAAUGCGAAAUAUGUCCGAAAUCAUUUAAUCACAAAACGGAUCUCCGCCGACAUUUGUGCUUACACUCCGGAGAGAAACCAUACGCGUGCCAACAUUGCGGCAAAGGCUUCAUACGUAAGGAUCACAUGCUCAAACACGUUGGCACACAUAAAAACGGUAAAAGAAAAUUUAUGAACAAGGUGAUUGAUGAUUUACUCGUAGCCAAAAAUAAAAUAGAAACGAAAUGA